UAUAUUUCUGAAACAAAACAGACCUCUUUCUCUAACCUCUCAUUUAACCUAUCAUAUUUAACGGUCCCAAGUAAAAUGUAAUACAAAUUUCAAGUACAUCUAACUCAAUACUCCCUCUUCAAACAUCAAACAAAGAUUCAAGAUCAAAGCGUAUAAAGAGAUAAUAAUAAAAAUAUAAAAUAUCGUAACGGUUUGCAUUUUCGAUCAGAUUUUAUAAAUAGUAAUUGCACAUUAUAACACAUACAUAGAAAAAGAUGAGUAUGGAAAAGACUGAUGAUUCUCCCGAAGAUAUUAAACGGGCUACUUCUAUCGACCGUGAAAUAAAAAGAGGGCAAAAGGAUGAUACGUUCGAAGGUUAUCCACGAAUAGUAGAAAAAAAGAAAAGAUGGGUACAUUGCGAUAAACCCGAGAAAGUUCCAAAGAAACCUAAGCAUGUGGAUAAAAUAAACGAAGUGGAUUGUCGCAAAAAGCUAAAAGGAAGAAGAAGAAAAAAGGAUAGAUUUGCGAUGGUUUCGGUAGUUGGAGAACCUUGUACAUUUCCGAAGUUAAAAGUCAUACCUAGGCAUUGUUUGACAAAGCAAGAUUACAUCGAUAUAUUAGCAACUCCGAGCCGUAAAUGUCCACCGGAAUGCGAGAAGAAAAUGGUGCUUAGAAAAUUGAAACCUGUAUCGCAACGAAUCAAAGAAUUGGCACAACCAACGAGGCACAAGAUGUUGAUAACUUUGCAACAAGGCGCGUCGAUAUUACCUCCAGCUCUUUUGGACAAUCUCGUUCGAACCGUGGAAAAGGAAACGUGUUUAACUCCCGAGCAAGCUGCGACGAUCUCGCGUAGAAAGAAGAAAACCCGUGGGAAGAAAAGGAAGAAGAGAGCGGAUCAAUGGCAAUUCAAAGAGACGAACAAGAUGAAACGGCAAAAUAUGGGUAUAACAACGGUAGGAUCGUUCGAGAGAGAUUCGGUUUCGUCUCAAUACCUGAUCGCCGAGCGUUUCGUGCGAAGCAUCCUGAAAUGGAAGUGUCCGUUCCCGAAAUCGGAGAUCAAAGAUAUCGCGGAAGUGAUAGUUCGACGAUUGAUAAACGUACUCGAGUACAGCCAACCGAAAGACGAGGAUCGUAAAUCGCAGCAGGUGCGCUACCUUGCCGACGUGUUGGCGUGUUGGGUUACCGGCGUGUUGUUCGAGGUUGCCCAAUACCAGGAGGAGAAGCUUCUCGAGCGGUGCAGGAAGAAGGAGGAGGAAAUGAGGAUAGACGAGGAGGAGGAGGAAGAGGAGGAGGACGAGGAGGAGGAGGAGGAAGCGGAGGAGGAGGAGGAGGAGGAGGAGAGGAAGUAUCCGGACGAGGACGACGACGAUUACGAUUGGGGAGAAGAUGCGAAGAUGGCCGAGGAGGAGGAGGAGGAGGAGGAGAAGGCGAAAGAGCCGGAGGAGGCGCCGGAGAGGGAGAUAAAGGAGGAGGAGGAGGAGGUUAAGCUCGAGAAGGUGGACGAAGCGGUGGACGAGGAGGAGAGAGUGGAGAUCGAGAGGGAAGCUCAGGUACAGCCGGAGGAGCAGGAGACGGAGAUACAAACGGAACCGCAGCCGCAGGUCGAGGCGGAGGUGGAGGCCCGGCCGCGCGUAGAGGAGCCGACGGAGCCCGAGUUAGAGCUGGUGUUGGAAGUGGAAACGGAAACGGAAUCGGAGGCGGCACAGGAGGCGGAAACGGAAACGGAAUCGGAAGCGAUCCAGGACACGGAGACGGAGACGGAGGUAGAAGCGGUGCAGGAGAUAGGAACGGAACCGGAAUCGGAAACGGUACAGGAAAUGGAAACGGAAACGGAGGUGGAAACGCCUAAGGCGGGCGAAGAAGGGGAGUCGGAAGAGGCGAGACCGGGAGAGGAAGGUAUACCGUCGGAGGUAGAGAAGGAAGCAGAAAGAACGGAGGAAGGUAUAAAACAGGAAAUAGAAGAAGCGAGACCGGGGGAAGAGAAACCGGAAGAGAUUACAAAACCGAGAGAAGAGGAGAUUACAGCAGCAGAAGCUGAAGAGAAACGAGAGGAGCCGAGCGAAGAGGCGGAGAUAAUAAGGGAGGAAGAAGUAGCAAAGAAGGAGAAAGAGGCAGAGGAGAGGAAAGCUGAAGAGAAGGUAGAGGAUGUGGCAAAAGAGAAGGAGAUGGAAGUGAGGGUAUCGCCGAAAAAGAUUUCGUUAGAACCUAUGGAAGUGCCCAAGGAGAUAGACAUUAUGAAGACGUUGGAGGACGUAUUUAAAACCGAUCUUCCCUAUCUUACUUUCGACAAAAUAAUCGACACUAUUUACAAAAUGAUAGAGAGCGCGCCGGAAAACACGGGUGAAGAUCCGAUAACGAACGGCAUACACCGUGCGAUCUACGAAAAAUUGACGAAUAUAGUCAGAUUGGAGAAUCCGGAUCUUCUAACGGAAGAUUUGAAGAUCACUAUGAAUAUAGUGUGCGGGAAAAUCGCUACUUGGCUAAGAUCGUUAUUAACGCAAUCGCAGCUCGCGUUCAUGGAACAAUACAUGCCAGAAGUAGAAUCUCUGGAAAUAAGGGAUUGGACAAGAUGGCUGGAGUACAUAAGUGACGUGGCCAAAGAUUGGAAUAUAUGGUUGCGCAGCGUGAUCGAGAAGAUAUUGGAAAUGGAAAGCGAGAAGAUCACCCGCGGUGAAUGGCACGAUUGGACGAAAUCCAUCGACACCAAAGCUUUACUUUGGAGACGUUUCCAUUUGCAAACUCUUCACCAAGCAAAUCGUAAUCGUACAAUGUUAAUUGGUCGGCGUAUCGUUAAAACAGGAACGUUGUCGAAAAAGAGAUCGAAAGCACUUAUGCCCGAUAUCUCAGAACGAUUAAUCAAUACUACCGAUUUGCGUGCUUAAUAUGCGUGACACACAUCUAUAUGAUUUUCAAAAUUUUUUUCAAAUCUCUACUAUUUUUUUUUCUACUUAGAUAUUACAAAUACAUAUAUGUAUUUAUACAUAUGUAUGAAUUCGUGUAAAUGCAUAAAACACAAUUCGAUUAUACAUAUGGUAUUAUUACAUAUUACGUGAAAUUGAAAUAUUAUAUUAUAUUGAGCACGAUUAAUAAUUUAAUUGAGAUACGUGUGAUAUUAAUUAAUCAUUUGAUCACAAGUUUUUAAUAAUUAUAAAUUAUCUUCUAUUCCCUACGAUCGAACGAUAAUCGAAGAAAAAUGUAAAAGCGAAAACAAAAAAAUAUAAAAAACUUUCAUAAUUUAUAAAUGAGAAAAUAAAAAAUAAAAAUGAA